GGUUUCCCGGGCAACAGAUGAAUGACAACAAACGGCAGUGAACAAAACGACAGCAUACUUCACCGUCAUGGGAGAGGAGUGUGUCCGGGUGGCGGUGCGUGUCCGUCCUCUGCUGCGUACAGAAAUCCUCCGCCACCACAGGGAGUGUAUCCGGGAGGACAAGGACACCUCACAGGUGGUAGUCGGCCUUAACAAAGUUUUCACAUUCGACCACACUUUUGGACCGACAGCCAGUCAGGAGGAUGUGUACAAGUCCUGCGUUCGGCCGCUGGUGGAGAACCUGGUGGAGGGUUUCAACGCCACCGUCUUCUGUUUUGGACAAACAGGGUCAGGGAAGACGUACACUUUGUUAGGAGGAUACGGGGGUGAGCAGGGAGGAAUCAUUGAACAUGUGGCCCAUGACAUUUUUUUGUUGCUGGAGCAGAAGAGAGCAAGCAGUGAUGGUGUUGGGGCAGCAGUACAAGUGUCAUACAUUGAGUUGCACAAGGACGAACUGCGAGACCUGCUAGAAGAGCUCAACAUGGACAAAACGCUGCAUAUCAGACAGGACGAGAAGGGAAACACCGUUGUGGUUGGUUCUAAAGCAAUCAAUGUCACAUCAGCAGAAGAGGUACUUGAUGCCCUAGAGAUGGGCAACGCCCUGCGCCACACUGCCACCACAGGAAUGAAUGAGCACUCCAGUCGCUCUCACACCAUCUUCACCUUCCAGCUUCACCAGAGUUUCUCUCUCAAUAAUUCUGACUGCUUCUCCAAGCUCUGUCUGGUUGACCUGGCAGGUUCAGAGCGUGCUGAGAAAACUGGAAACAUGGGGGUUCAACUCAAAGAGUCUUGUUUUAUCAACAAAGACCUGCUCAUGCUGGGCAAAGUCAUCCGUGCCCUCUCUGAAUCUACCCGAAAACCCAACACAUUUAUACCAUUCCGUGCCUCCAAGAUCACCCGUCUUCUCCGUGACUCACUGGGAGGUAAUGCACACACUCUAAUGAUGGCUUGCGUAAGCCCUUCCAAUCACAGUGAAGCUGAGACCGAGAGUGUCCUACGGUAUGCUUCAAUGGCUCGUGAAAUUAAUACCCAUCCUGGAAGGAUAUAUACGUACAAGACCUGCUUGGACCGCUGUAAAGCUCGGCUGAGUCAGACUGAGUCAGAAGCUCUGACCCCAAGACAGGAGCUGAGGGACAAAAAGAGAGAUCUUAGGAGGGCAAGGAAAAAUGGAAGACCAGGUCAGGAGAAGCUGGAGGAGGUAGUAACACAGUACCGCCUCCUAGCUCAGGAAGCUGCAGCCUUGUUUGUAGAGAUGACCGGUUCCAGCCAUUCAUUCAAGCCGAAGAUACAGGAAUGGCUGGACAGACUGACAGCUGCCAAUCUGUCAUAUGAAGUUGAUUGUUCAGAAGGAGGUGAUGGCCAGCCCCAAAAUGUUCUUGUUAACACACUCCACAAGGAACUCGGUAAAUGCAAGGAGGCUCUCACCAUAGAGGAACAGCUGUUGAAGCAGAAAGAUGCAGAAUUAAGACAAGUCCAAAAAGAAGUAGAGAAACUUCUUAAAGAGAACAAAUCUCAACUUCAGGCCCUAGAGGAGGAGAAGGAACGCUCUCGAAUACAGACUGAACAACUCGUGGACCAGCAGAUUCUGAUCGAUCGGCUCCGCAAUGACCUGAUGGCCUUUAGGAGUCCAGGAGUCCCAGGAGCCUCUGGGAAUAUGGGGAGGAGACCCCAUAGUGUCCCUCUGAUCGGACACAGCUGGGCGCACGGGACCCCCAGGAGGAUUCACUCCAGUCCUCCAGCUUAUUCCCUGGAGAGGGUGUUAGCAGCCUUCAAGAUGCGAGGUCACCUCCUGCUUGCUGAGAUUGAGGAAAAGGAUGAGGUGUACUGUCCGUUCAUAAAACAGCAGGCAGAGAGGAAGGACAGGGACCGAGAACAGCACCAGGAGGAGGAGGGGGACAUAUCAGAGGGUGGAAUGAGAUUUAGAAAUCCGUUAAACCAAACAUGCAGCAGCAGGCAGAAGAAGUCAACUCUGAAAGAGAAGAACACUGGGACAGAUCAAACCUCCAAUGAAAGCCCAUGUGUGCAACAGCCUCAGCGAGCCCAAGGAAACAAAGAAAAGAGCAUAAAGCAAAGUGGAAUGAGGAAGCCGAGAUUAAGAACCAAUGCUACUCAGAGAAGGAUCAACAAUCUGACUGUCAGCAUCGACAUGAAAGAAGACCUCAUCAAUGCACUGAACAAGACUGACGAGGAAGCAAGAGCAGUGGACUGGCAUGGCAAAGAAGAUGACGUGUUGACCAGACUCUCAAUGCAGAGGCAGAAGGCCCGAUCAGAGGUGUACCACAGCCUCCAGCACAUGAGAGUGCAGCGAGCACAGCUUCAGAGCAGCCUCAGACAGCUGGACCAGAAAGGGGAGCAAAGAGCAGAAGAUAUAACUGUGGGCAAAAGCAGUCACCUGGAAGAGUUGGAGAAAAAGCUUCAUGGCAGCUGUUGGCUGGAUGAAGAGGAGGACCAGGUCCUUCAGAAAAGAGCAGAGCUGCAGGAGCUGGAGGAGGAGCUGGAGAGGAGAGAGGAGGUGCUCCUGCAUAAGGAGACCUGUCUUCAACAGAAAAACAAGCUAGAGAUCAAGAAGCUACGUGCCAGUCAGGCUCUAAGUCACAAUCUGCACCGUAUAUCGGUGCAGUUGGAGUCUGUGGAGGAGGAGAUGAAACGGAGCAGUGUGAGGCAGACCGGAGGAGUCACCAUAGAGGAACUGGAGAAAGAAAGAGAAGUACUUAAAAAGCGAAAAGACACUCUGGACACUCAGCUGAAGGACAAUAGAGUGCUCACUACUGAGGACGAGCAUUCCCUGCUAGAGCUGGAGGAAGCUAUUGAAGUUCUGGAUGCAGCAUUGGAGUUUAAAAAUGGCUUCAUCCAGGAAAAGCAGAAGAAGCUGUCAGUCACAGACUCCUCUACACAUCAGUUACAAAGCACUGAACCUGCCCAACUCUGUGGCGUCAUCAGGAAGCUGAAGGAGCUGUCACAGCCUGAGGCUUUAGAUCUACUUAUCAGAUAUUUCAACAAGGUUGUGUAUCUCCGAGAGAUGGAGCACCGUUUGCGUUUGCAUUGUGAAGAGCAACAGAUUCAUACUGAAAAACAAGAGGUGGUGGUGAAGGAGUUGAAGGUAGCCAUGCAGCGCGUAACCCUGAAUGCAGACCGCAGGCUCACCCAACAGCAACGAGAUCACCAGAGCGAUAUCCAGCUGCUGCUGCAGAAACUCAGAGAAGCCGUUUCAGGAGAGGCUGUCCAAGAAAGACUGCAGCAUCUGGAGAAAGAGCUUUUCUUCUACAAAAGCUCCAGCAGACAGCUGAAAAAGAAACUCAGAGAGCUCCACAGCGAUGCCUCACACUCUUUUGAUCAGCUAGGAGAACACACAUCAGCACAGGAGAACAGACAAACACAUACAAGUGCAAACACACCACAGACACGCAGUGAAGAGGUACAGACAAGGACACAUAUUGUGACAACCUACACAAAGAUACACAGUGAACAAAUAGACCAGCAGACACAUAGCAGUCCUCAUUUGAAGAGUUAUUCAUUGCAGGCCCCCUGCCCCUCCUCGUCCGCUGCUCUCCAAGUACACAAAGACGCAGAAACACCCGAGCACCACCAGAUACAGACAUCAUCACAGGGGAGGAAGGACAGAGGGGCCGGUUUAGAAAUGGAACCGGUUCGUCUUUGUCGCAAAGAUCUCAGACAGAUCUUUCCAGCUGAGCUGAAGGUGUGCGGCUCUAACUCAAGGAGACGCCAGUCUGCUUUGGACACGAGCUCAGAGUCUAUUCUAGUAGACUCCAUUGAAGUGGCUAAAAACACUGACAGAUGAUGUUUCAUCCAAUUUAAAAAUCAUGGCACAUAUGUGUCACUGUGUGAACAGAAAACCACAGGGAGAUGCUGAAUAAACAAAUGAAAGAGGAAAAAACUAAUAUAGUCUUACCAAAAUGUUUCUGCAAUAUUUAUUGAAAAUGUAAUGUUAGGGCUUUGCAGCCAGUAAAAAAAAUACCACAGGUUGAGUUAAAGAGGGAUAUGGUUUAAAGGCAUUGCUGUGCUUCUCAUAUUGAAUUCACACUUGUCCUUUAUUAAAGUAGCCUACUGCUACAAAGUUUAUGAGCUGAAGAGAACGGGUCUUUAAUGAAUCUGGAACUGUUGUCUAAGUUAAAGUGUAAUAUGACAGAACUGGUUUGGUUCUUUCCUGUUUUGACCAUGCAGAAUGUUUACUUCGGCAGUUCAGUGAGAGAAAUACCACAGCACAGAGCUGGGGUAAUUUAUUCUGAUGACCUUAUAAAGGACAAAUACAGGGAGAAAUGCUCUUGCUUGAUUGCUUUUUACAUUUUUAAAUCUUAAUUUCAAGCUUUUAUACAAGGUACAGACAAUUUUUUUGUAAGAAACAGCUUUUAAGUGUCAAAUCUGGCAUAAAUAAAAUGGGCACACAAAUUAAUUUCCAACAAACGGAUGAGAGAGUAUGUAAAAAGACAGUCCUAAUGUAGAUAGACUUAUAGUAACCACUCACUACAUGCACUGAACUGAUUCUCCUUUUCAGAAUGUAAAGAUUUUAAGGUUUAGUAGAUAGAAACGCUUUGGAAAGUCAUUGCCACUAAAUUGUUGUUUUAUGUUAUGAUAAAAUUUGUCAUAAAACAAAUUGAUUUGUCUUCCAACUUAAAUUUAGCAGCACUGUUUAGCACUUAAAAUGACCAAAGGA